AUGCGCACCGGCAGCGUGGCGGAGGUGUACGAGUGGGUCGUCCAGGACGUGGUGACGAAGGUCCAGGAGCUGUUCGCGCGAGAGGGAGUGGACCCUGUGGUCCUACAUGAGCUGCGAACCCUGUGGACGAGCAAGCUCAGAGAGGAGAAGGUCUACGGCAGGGAAGAGGACAACACCAGCAGGCAUGGUGGCCAGCGCCCUGCACAGGCAAGAGUCAAGGCAGAAGAUGCCCAGCGACUGACACCCAAAGUCCCAGUGGCAUCUCACCCAACAGGCACGCCAACCAACCCCUCGGUUGUACCAGUGCAGCACGGGACCCCCACGGCACUUGGUAUGCCUCUGCAAGGGGCCCAGCCAUACGGGCAGCCUGGCGUGCCUCAAUACACCCCUGCGCAAAUGGUUGCGCCUGUGGGUGUGCAGCCUGGGAAUAUCCAAGUGCCGCAGACAUAUGGGGCUGUGGUGCCGAUUGCUGCACAAGGUCCAGGAGUGCAGGUGUCACAAGGGACUGCCCCUGCUGCAGGCCAGGGAGGCCCGGGGAACCUGCCACCUGCAGGAGUGGCAAGCAAUAUGGGCUUGCCACCUGGGACUGCCAACCUGGGACCUGUGGCACCAUUAGGUACGAUGGCAGAGGAUGGUGCAGCAGACAAGGGUGGUGCUGUGGAAUCAGUCAAGCUUGCUGGUGAUGGUAAUCAGCAGACUGGCGUCAAGAUUGAGCCCGUUGAGCCUGCUGACGUGAAGUCAGCGACUCCAGCACAACCUGGUGGAGAUGGUAAUGGAGGUUCCGGACCAGACAAGAAACGCAAGCACUGUGAAGAGGGGGAUAUGCGGAAUGGUUCGACGAAUGGUGGACGCAUGGAUGCAGGACAAGAGCCUUCAUCCAAGGUGCAACGAAUCAAUGGCAAGUCUGCACCCGAAGACAAGGUGCACAAGGGUGAGAGUGGCAGCAAGGAUGGGGAUGAUGAGGAGGACGACGAGGACCUUCCCACUGACGAUGAUGAUGACGAUAUGGAGGAUCCUCCUAACUUUCUCACUGCUCAGUAUGAAAAGGUCAGUCGCAUCAAGAACCGAUGGCGCUGCCAGCUCAAGUAUGGCAUAUUCCAUGCCAACGGGAAAGACUACCUUUUCAAGAACGCCACAGGGGACUUCACGUUUUGA